AUGAAUAUUUCUCUCUUUCAGGUACAGAGACAGUUCCUCUUGUGCACAUGCAAGUGUGUUUCCUGGUUGGCAAAGAUUCGAUGAUUGUUUUUUUUUUUCUUUGCUUACAAGAGAACUGGUACCUGAGAACUCAACAAUGGCACAAUAUGACACAAGUUACUCUAAGACAAGACAAGAAGCUACGCCAAAGUGGUCAAAUGUAAUUAAGAACAGCAAACUGAAAACUGAUGUAACAAAGCCCAUACAAAUAUACCAGCUGAACACAGUCCAGGAAGCUCUGAAUAAUGAAGGAACGGUCAGAAGGUACACAUUUGGAAAAAAGGACUCCCAAAAAAGGAACAGGACAAUCCUGAUGGUAGGAGAAACAGGAACAGGAAAGUCUUCACUCAUCAAUAUGAUGGUCAACUACAUGCUGGGGGUAGAGUGGGAAGACAAGAUCAGAUUUAAAAUCAUUCCAAAUGAUGGUCCAAUAUCCGUGACUGUAUCUCACACCAUUGAGAUUGCUGACUAUGAGAUUUAUGGGCUGGAGGAACUGUCUGUUCCUUUUUCCCUCACAGUCAUUGAUACACCAGGAUUUGGAGACACAAGAGGUAUAGAAGAUAAAAACAUUGCUCAGAAUCUGGACAAAUUAUUGAAAUCUGUAAAUGGUGUUCAACAAAUAGAUGCAGUUUGCCUUGUGGUAAAGGCAUCUGAUAAUAGCCUCAGUUCCAACCAGAAGUACAUCUUUGAUGCCGUCCUUUCCAUCUUUGGGAAGAACAUGGAGAAAAACAUCCUGACUCUCAUCACCUUCUCAGACUGGACUCCACCUCCAGCUGUUAAUGCAGUUAUGAAAUCUGGCGUACCUUUCCGCAGAGACGAAGAUGGUGAACCUGUUCACUUCCUGUUCAACAACCUUCCUCCUGAGAUGUUUGUUGAGGAAUACAAAGAAACAUAUAAAACAGCCUGGGAUAAUGGAGAAAAGAGCUUGAGUAAGUUCUUUCAGACUUUGGAUCGAAUGGAAACUCGAAGCUUGAGGAUGACUGAAUAUGUCUUGGAGGACCGUAGAAAACUGGAAGCUUGUAUCCAGAGCUUGGAUGAGCAGAUCAAGUUGAGGCACAUGAAGCAGAAGGCACUUGAGGACCAACAGAAAACUCUGGAAGAGCACAAAGAGGACAUGAGGAAAAAUAACAACUUUACAUAUAAAUACAAUGUAGUCGUCAUGAAGAAGGUCAAAGUUAAGAGCAAAGCAACUUGCUGCACCGUGUGUGAGGUAAACUGCCACUAUCCAGGAUGUUGGUGGGUAACUAACCUACGAUGGUGUUCUGUGAUGGAGAAUAGCAAAUGUACCAUCUGUCCCGGAAAAUGCAGCUACACGGACCACAAAAAAGGCAAUGAAAUAUAUGAGGCAGUAAAAGAAGAAAAAACUGGAACUUAUGAGGACCUGAAAAAAGAUACUGAAGGCAAAAUACUCUCAGCGAAGGAAGUGAUGAUCAAAAUUCAGCAAGAAGUGAAGAACGUUGAGGCUGAAAUGAGCAGACUGAUCGAGAGGUCUUAUAAGUCCAUUCUCCAGCUUAGAGAGUAUGCUCUGAAGUUUAAUUCAGAUUCUACUCUUCAGAGUAUUCGCAGCCUGAUUGAAAUUCUGAAGGAGAACAAAGACAUGGAGAAGGCAGAAACACUGCAGAAGAUGCUGGAGAUGUGAGGAGAUUAACAGACCCAGGGAAGACGUGUGCUAAGUUGCAUGCGCUUCUGCUUUUCAGAGUUGCAUGGUCAGAAUUAUAUGGUUGAGCAAACAAAGAAAACAAAGGUAUAUUCAGUCAGGAUUAUAACUUUACUUAUAGCCGCGUUUCCACCAAAAUUACCCGGAACUUUCAGUCCCAGGAACUACUUUACCAGGAACUAAAAGGUUCCUUCAGCCAAUGGUUGUCUGCGUUUCCACCGGGGUCUAAAGUCCCGCGAAGAUUAGGCAAAUUAGCCCACUGACGUAUGAAAAAGCGGCGUUGUCGUCGGUCCAUCUGUCAUAUGAUUUCUUCUGUAACCCCAUACUACCACCGAAGUAGCCUACAUUAUUUUCUAAUAACCGGGACAGCCCGGAGGGGUUUAUUCCACUUAUAUACAACGGGUUACCAACAAUGACUAUAUAUGGUUACUUUUGUAUUUAUUGAUUUUUAUUGAUUUAAUCACAUGGAAUUGAAAUAUUCUUCUGCAGCCGUUUGGGCAUAUUUUACCGCUGUCAAGCAAAACUGUCGUUGGUAGUUGAACUUGGACCGUUAUGCAACAAAUAGGAUAUAACAGGCCAAUAGUCAGAUUGUAACUGUUUUAUAUAUCCUCUCAAACACAUUCAUUAUGUUUUUAUGCGAAGAUUCGCUUUCAUGUCUUGACAUCCGAAGUGACAGAAUGCAUUCACAUUUCCAAUAUAGGCUAACUGGCAACAACAGCAGAAAACAUGCACACGUUGUAAAUAAUUUGCUGUUUGAU